AUGCGUUAUUACUUGCAACCUCCUCUGAAUUUUGCUCCUUCAUGUUUCAUUUUCCCUCUUAAUGCUAAUAAUUUUCGAUUCAAGUCGGGUAUGAUUCCAUUGCUUCCUAAUUUUCAUGAUUUAGAAUCUGAAAGUCCAUAUUUGCAUCUUAAAGAAUUUGAGAAAGUAUGUGCCACAUUUAACGAUCAAACUUGCCAAACGAUGUGCAAUGGUGAAUUUUUAGAUAAAGAUCCUGAUGAGGCUUCAGAAUUUCUAGAUCAUCUAGCUGAAAAUUCUCAAUCUUGGCAAAUGCAUGCUUUGCUUGAACUUGUUGCUAGUGUUAAUCUAUUACAUUUCUCCGUGUAUGAGCAACUUGGUUUGGUAGAGCUUAAGCCAACAACAACAACACUUCAACUUGCUGAUUUAGCAAAAGUUCUAAGAGGGGUUGUAGAUGAUGUUCUAGUUCAAAUUGAUAAAUUCUAUUAUCCCAUUGACUUUAUGAUUUUGGACACACAUCAUGUUUUAAAUUCAAAUGUUCAAAUACCUGUCAUUUUAAGUAAUCCCUUUCUUGCUAUUUCAAAUGCGUUGAUAAUUUGUAGAAAUGGUACCUUGAAACUCUCUUUUGAAAAUAUGAACGUGGAAAUGAAUGUUUUUAACAUUUGCAAGCAACAUGGAGAUAAAGAUGUUUUGCAUGAAAUAGAUUUUAUUGAACAACUUGUUGAUGAUAAGUUUAUCACUACAUCUUCAUCUUGUCAAAUACCAUCUCAUUGGAAUAUCCAAGACAAAAAGAAAUUCUUCAAAGAGGUAAAAAAUUUCUUUUGGGAUGAUCCUCACUUGUUCAAAUAUUGUCCAGACCAAAUAAUAAGAUGUGUGCCAAAUAAUGAAAUUCAAAAGAUCAUUUCUUUUUGUCAUUUUGAAGCAUGUGGCGAUCGCUUUUCUUCAAAGAAAACUGCAGCAAAAAUCUUGCAGUCUGGAUUUUAUUGGCCAUCUCUUUUCAAAGACAUGUAUGAGCUUUGUAAAGCUCGUGAAUGUUGUCAAAAAUUAGGUGGGAUAACACGUAGAAAUAUGAUGCCAUUGACACCCAUAUUAAUUAUUGAAAUAUUUAAUUGUUGGGGUAUUGAUUUCAUGGGUCCAUUCACAUCAUCUUUUGGUUAUUUAUACGUCUUGCUAAGAGUUGAUUAUGUUUCUAAAUGGAUAGAAGCAAUUCCUUCAAUUCCUUGUAAACACAAUGACCACAAAAUUGUUGUGAAAUUUUUGAAAGAAAAUAUUUUGUUAAGAUUUGGAAUACCUCAAACCAUUAUAAGUGAUGGGGGCUUACACUUUUGUAAUUAA